GAAACAUCAACCCACAGACAGACAGACACACAGACAGACAGACACAUCCAUCCAUACGUGCGAGAGGAAGAGGAUUGCAUCCUUCACACUGAAAGUGGCGACAGGAUGAACCGAAAAAACAGACGAUGGCUGUUCCACAUUUUUCUCUGCGUGGGAAUCGUUUACCUAAAGAUAGGUGGCUUCUCCUCGGUGGUGGCUCUGGGAGCGAACAUUAUCUGCAGUAAGAUUCCGGGCUUGGCGCCCCGUCAGCGGGCCAUUUGUCAGAGCCGGCCGGACGCCAUCAUUGUCAUCGGGGAAGGAGCUCAGUUGGGCAUCAACGAGUGUCAGUUCCAGUUCCGUUACGGCCGCUGGAACUGCUCAGCGCUGGGCGAGAGGACCGUGUUCGGGAAAGAACUCCUCGUGGGGAGCAGGGAAGCGGCUUUCACCUACGCUAUCAUCGCGGCCGGAGUGGCCCACGCCAUCACGGCGGCCUGCACCCAGGGCAAGCUGGGAGACUGCGGCUGCGACAAGGAGAAGCAAGGCAGCUACAACCAGAAGGAGGGCUGGAAGUGGGGGGGCUGCUCAGCCGACAUCAGGUACGGGAUCGGCUUCUCCAAGGUCUUCGUGGAUGCCAGAGAGAUCAAGCAGAACGCCAGGACCCUGAUGAACCUGCACAACAACGAAGCCGGGCGCAAGAUCCUGGAGAGGAACAUGCCGUUGGAAUGCAAGUGUCACGGGGUCUCAGGGUCGUGCACCACCAAAACCUGCUGGACCACCCUCCCCAAAUUUAGGGAGCUGGGCUAUGUCCUGAAGGACAAAUACAAUGAGGCUGUGCAAGUGGAGCCGGUGAAGACAAACCGCAACAAGAGGCCGGCCUUCCUGAAGAUCAAGAAGCCCAUGUCCUACCGCAAGCCCAUGGGGACUGACUUGGUGUACAUAGAGAGGUCUCCCAACUACUGCGAGGAGGACCCCAUCACUGGCAGCGUCGGGACCCAGGGGCGGAUGUGCAACAAGACGUCCCUGCAGAAUAACAGCUGUGACUUGAUGUGCUGUGGCCGAGGCUACAACACUCACCAGUACUCCAGGAUCUGGCAGUGUAACUGCAAGUUCCAUUGGUGCUGUUACGUCAAGUGCAACACCUGUAGCGAAAGGACUGAAGUCUACACGUGUAAGUGAGAGUGAAGCCUCUGCGCUCUCCCCCGGGGCCUGAGAGAGACUCACACCCUCCACCCAUUGGCGUGGGGGUGGGGGGGGGUGGGGGUAAAGAGACUGAUUGCACACCGUUUGCACAAGUGUCUCGACCUGACUGACUAACUGACUGACUGAUGGACGGACGAGAGUUGGCUCAAAUUGACCCCCACCCCCCACCUCGUCGCCCUUCGAUCGAAUUUCAAAAAAAGGUUCGUCCCCGAUAAAACGUCACCGCGUCUUUUUGGAGUUUCGAAUGGAUUACAAAGGAAAACAAACAAGAAAACAAACAAACAAACAAACAAACAACCCCCUAAACUCCACCAUCUCGUAAAUCAGCCGCACAGAAUUCACAACACUUCAAACCGACGUUUCACUUGACGCGUAGCUGGCGAAGAGAAAUCCAGAGCGAAAGAAGCGUCGGAACAGCCCAGGGAGGGUAACUUGGCUCGAAGC